GCCGCGCGUCGCGUGAGCUGAGCUCCGGUGGGUGUGGAGUCGGUACCAACAACCGUGAGCUUCUGAAACAGAAUUACGAAUGAACCCUCCGCAGCCCGUCUCCCGUCGCCCCGGCCCGACCUCAUGGAUCCCGGAGGAAGUGAGCUGGACUCCAGCCUGCCGCAGGCCGACAGCCCGUGUCUGAUCGUGGAGGACUCGCAGCCGGACAGCGUCGCCUUGGAGGACGACCCCGAGACCAGCUACCGAGCCCUGCUGGCCCGGCGCCUGUCCAGCCUGCAGCCCACCUCCCGCAGCCCGGUUCUGGAGCUGAUAUCCUCCCCGCUGGGUAGCAGAUACUCUCAGAGUGACAGCCAAUCAGAGAGCUCCCAGAGUAACAACCAAGCUGAACCCGGCGUUGUGAUGGAGGCCGAUCCCAGUUCUGCCAUCGAGGAGGAAAGUCCGGCUCUCUUUGUUUGCCCUCCCAACAAGAACAAGUGUGUCCCCGAGGACGGAGACGUGGACCCCGGGGCCGACUCCACCACGCACUGCGUCCAGUCUGAGGGGGAACCGUCUCAGUUCGACUUCCUGGAGCUCUCCCAGAGUCAGGACCAGAGGGGGGAGGCGGCCAACAGCCGGCAGGAAGAGGAAGAGGAGGAGGAGGAGGAGCCCCAGCCGGGCAGCGAGGGACGCACCAGAUUAGCAGGUCAGAACUUCAGCUUACGGUCUUCAGAGAGUCAGGACAACAAAGCUUUGAGAUCCUCGGUUCUUGACAGCGCUCCCCUCGUGUCCUCCAGGUCCGAGGUGAGCUCCAGCAGCUCGUCUGCGAGGCCCCUGGGGAUCCAGGCCCUGCUGCACUCUGAGGGCCCGCAGGCCUCCGGCGAGCAGGACGGCGAGGGCCCGUCCUCGCAGGACGACAUGUUCGACGCCGACAAGACCGGUGCCGCGGUGGACAGCACGGUGUCCGAGCCGGAGCAGCCGGGCCGGCCGGCUCAGAGCCUCGGCCUGCUGCAGCUGUCCGGCCGGGCGGCGCUGGUCCAGGAGAGUCUGUCCCAGGACUACGUGUCCCCGACCCCGGACCCCUUCCCCCACACGCCGCUGAUCAUUCCCAGCUCGCCGACCGACCCGGACGCCGAGCACGGUGCCGAUGAGCCGAUGGACACGUCUCUGCCCCCGGAGGACCGGGCGGGAGGGAAGGGGGAGGAGCCUAUGGACACGGAGGCCGCCUCUAAGCCACACCCAUCCGCCUCCACUCCCGUCUCCCAGAAUGCACCUGGUUUUGCGUUGGAGCGAACGCUGUCGCUGCCCUCACAGCCCGAGUUCUCUCACGAUGCGUUCGCCCCGACUCAGAGCCAGGAGGCGGCGCCGCGGCCCGAUACGAAGACGAGCGCCGCGCCGUCGGCGUCCUUCGCGCUGCCGCCGCUGCUCUCCUCGGAGCUGGAGGAGGACGACAGCCAGGCCACGCAGAUCGAGGAGCUGGGCGGCGCCGCCGAGAGCAACGGCGUCCCGCCGGAGCCUGCGACGCCCAGCGGCGCUAAAGCCGCGGUCCAACCGGCGAAGCCGCGCGGCGCCGACGACUCGUGCGAAGCGGCGCGGAAGUCCGACGUGCCCAAAAAGACUUCUCCGGAUGCGGAACGCGUGGACGCCGAGGACGGCGCGGUGUCCUGUUCGCAGACGAAGCUCGACUCCUCCACCUGCGUGCAGGAGACUCCUCCCCACGCAGAAGCCACGCCCCUCCUCGGGUUUCCCUCGCCGCCGCCGUCCGCGGCGAAGUGUUCCGUGGACUCGGGGGAGGGAGGAGGAAGUGCAAAAGGUCCGGAAGUAAAGUCGCUGCCGCAGGAGCGAGGAGCGUCGGGUAACAGUCAGGCGGCGAAGAAGCAGAAGCGGGGUGACGAAGAGGAGGAGGAGGAGGGUUCGGGAAUGGCUCUGGUCCUCUCCCACAGCCACAUGUUGUUCCAUGAGCCCAUGGAGGAGGAAGAGGAGGGAGGAGCAGACGACAGCGUCGUCGUGGUCACAGACAGCGAGCGAGACGCUCGGGCGAGCGCCGGCUCGACCAAUCGGCCGACCGGAGGCAACGCGCCCGUCUCCACCAACGGCCACGAGCCGCGGGCUCAGGCGAAGCGGGGCCACGCGGCGCCUGAUAGGCUCUCCCAGCCCGAGAGGGCGGGGCCUGAACCCGAGGGGCUCAGAGACAAGAGCCUGAGUGACAGCUCUGGAGAGAUUUCCUUCCACUUCACGCUUCCUAAAGAAGGGGAUCUGAUUGGUCCUGUCGUUGGAGCCACGCCCCCUCUAAUCAACCAGCUGAAGCAGACGCUGAGACACAGCACCCCCAUCGAGAUCUCGUCCUUCUCUGAGAAGUCGGGCGUGGCGUGCGACGCGGCCAUGGCGGCCAUGACGGCCAGCGACAUCGCGUCGGGCGAGAGCGGAGACGACGCCACGGAGAAGGAGGGCGGGAAGCUGAGCCUCAGGAUGAAGCUGGUGACGCCGGUGGAGGAAGGAAGCUCUGAGCGCUUCAGCCUGCAGAAGCCGGCGCUGUCGGAAGAGGAUGGAUCGGUUGCCAAGGUUACCGCUGUUGCCAAGGCUGUAACCAGCAGCCCCUCUGUGUUCAGUCGAGUCCGGCAGGCGCACAGACAGCAGGAAGCCCGGGAGGAGCUCCAGGCUGCAGGCAACACCACACCUGUCAGAGGGCCGCUGCCCUCCUCCCCACAGAGGAGCUCCCCGGCGUCCUCUCUGGGGUGCAGCAGCCUCCCCAACAGCCAAUCGGAGCCCUCGCACCAGGAAGCGCCGGCGGCGCCGCAGGAGACGACCCGCAAGGCGCCACCGGGCCCCGCCGAGGACGGCCGAGCCCUGGAGACGCCCGCCCAGAGCAGGACGGAGGCCCGGCCGCGAGACGGCACCGUCACCUCCAGCCCGUCCAACAAGCUCCGUCAGCGAACCGUAUCCCAGCAGACGAGCUUCGAUGGCAGGGGGGAACCGGAGUCUCCGUCCUGUAGACGAGCCGCUGGCCCCGCCCACCGCAGACACGUGCGCACCGUCCAGGAAGUGCGCACCACCGUCACGCGAGUCAUCACCGACGUUUACUACGAGGACGGAAAAGAGGUGGAGCGCAAAGUCACGGAGGAGAGCGAGGAGCCGGUGGUGGACUGCCAGGUGCUGGACGGCGACGUCUCUCCGUGCCGUACGGGCAACAGCUCCGUGACCUCCGGCGACCUCGCCGACAUCAGCUCUCUGUCGUCCAAGGCCUCCAGCCUGCAGCACAGCUCGGGGGGCACCAGCAGCAGCGGCUUCGCGCGGCCCGACUUCAUCAUGCCGCCCAUCCGCGGGGCGUUCAGUCCCAGGAGGGGAGGCGGGCAGCAACAGAGGGGUCAGCGGGGUCACAGGGCGGGGUCAGCGGUCACGCUGGACAGAGGCCUCGGGCCCCCGGGCCUCCAGGCUCUCGGCCCCACGACCCCCCGAGGGAGGGCGAGGAGGGGCCGGCCCCGGUCCCGGUUCUCCACCUCCAGGGGCGUCGGCUCCCCGCGGCCGCUCGACGCCCGCGGCCCGCCUCCUUCCUCCUCGGAGGACGAGCCCUUCUCCCGCAUGCUGCCCCCCCGCCUCCCCGCCGACGGCGAGCUCCGCCCCCCCCUGCGCUCGUCGCCGGAGGAGGCGAACUCGGCCGGCGGCAGCUUCGUGGGCCUGAGGGUCGUCGCCAAGUGGUCGUCUAACGGGUACUUCUACUCGGGGUGCAUCGUGGGGGACGCCGGCGAGGGGAGCUACCGCCUGAGGUUCGACGACGGCUACGAGUGCGAGGUGGCGGGGAGGGACAUCCUGCUGUGUGACCCCAUCCCCAUGGAGACGGAGGUCACCGCCCUGCUGGAGGACGAGUACUUCAGCAUAGGUGUGGUGCGGGGCCAUAAGACGGAGGGCCAGGAGCUGCUCUACAGCGUGGAGAAGGACGGCGAGCAGCAGUGGUACAACCGCACGGCCAUCAUCCUGUCUCUGGAGCAGGGCAACAAGCUGAGGGAGCAGCACAGCCUGGGGCCCUACGAGCCCCGCCCCCCGGUGCCCAAGGCCUCCGACAUCAGCCUCGACAACCUGGUGGAGGGCAAGCGGCGGCGCAGAGGGGCCCCCGAGGGCCCGGCCACGCCCGACCGCAGCCCCCGGACCCCCGGCCCCUCCGGCAAGAGGAAGCUGAUGGCCUCCGACAACACCAGGACGCCGGCCAAGAGGGGGCGCCGGGGCGCGGGCGCACGAGCCGCAGCCCAGCGCCCCGGGCUGGUCAACACCUCCGGCAGCGGCACGGACCUCGCCGUGCGGCCCGGCGCCGUGGCGGAGACCCACGGGCCGCCGCCCCAGAACCCCACGCUCUUCAUGGGCUUCGCCUUCAUGCUGACGACCUCGUCCGAGAUCGACCGGCUCGCCAACCGGCACGGCAGCGACGACGAGGACGACGACGACGCCGUGCAGACCGGCCCGUACAACAAGGCGUACACAGAGUCCCAGCUGCAGGCGGGGGGGGGCUUCGUCCUGCAGGACUUCAACGAGGAGCAGUGCAAGGCGGCCUACCAGAGCCUGCUCAUCGCGGACCAGCACUGCCGCACCAGGAAGUACCUGCUGUGCCUGGCGAGCGGCGUGCCGAGCGUGUCGCACAUCUGGGUGAGAGACUGCUGCCGAGACAACAAGCUGCUCAACUACCGCAACUACCUGCUGCCGGCCGGCGUGGGCCCCGACGACGCCAUCGUGGAGUGGCAUCCGCGCAGCAGCCCGUUCAAGGCCCUGCGGGUCCUGCUGGUGUUCGAGCAGCCGGUGGAGCUCUGGGUGCAGCUGGUCGCGCUGGGCGGAGGUUCCCCCGUCCGGCAGUUCCCCACAGACAAAGACGCCUCGGACGUUCCCGCCGGCCGGUUCGACGUGGUGGUGACGGACCGCUCCUGCCCGGCGGCGCUGGAGAAGGCCGUGACCUCACAGGAAGUCCCGCUGGUGUCCCCCGAGUGGCUCAUCCAGAGCGUGAUCCGCGGCGAGCGCCUGGGCUUCACCGGCAAGCCGCAGUACCGCCACGACUUCUCCUCCUCCUCUUCAUCGUAAUCCGAGCCCACGGCCCUCGCCAGACGUUCCGCAUCGUUCCGCUGCCGCAUGCCUCCGCUGUACAGACGCCGCCAUCUUUAUCCACCAUGUUUUUAACGGCUAAUAAAUUGUGACUCGUUUCAUUUUAA